AUGGAACAUGCUGAUGAUGCUGGAUUCCCCGGAGGAUCGAUGUUGAGACACGUGUUGACACAGUAUGAGCACCACGUGGCUCGAAGGCUAUGGGAAGGAGAGUUUGAGUGUGCGGCUAGAACGUAUCUAUUGCAUUUAGUUGGCAGCACAAUUUUCUCCGAUAAAACACAUACGCAUGUGGAGGCGAAAUACAUCAAUUUAUUGAUUGAUUUAGAUCGUUGUCGAUACUAUUCGUGGGAUGCCGCGACAUUGGUUUUCCUUUAUGACAACAUGGGAGAUGGGGCUGUCCAUGACACUCGACAGUUGGGAGGUUACAUGACCCUUUUACAUUGCUGGAUUUACGAACACUUUGCUAGGAUCUGUAAGCGGGGCGAUAGAGGUGCGGUUCCUGCACAUCUUCCAAGAGCAUGUAGGUGGAUUGCAAAACAUGCUGUUGAAGGUGGAUUAGUGACCUAUCGGCAGAGACUUGAUGCUUUGUUGCUUGAGGAUGUAGUGUUUACACCAUAUGAUGAUGAUCGAGCUAAUCAUCCGUUUGAAGAUAUUUUGAUGUUCUCUGGUUAUCUUCGAUGUGGUGGAGUCUCAGUCCCAUAUUUGCUGGAGCGAUGUCUUCGACAAUUUGGUCGUAUGCAGCUAUAUCAUGUUGCGAGUUUUCCUGGAGAGGUCACUAAGGACUAUUAUCCAUGGUACAUGUCUGUGUCACAUCCUCUGAUCAUUCCUCGGUCUACUGCACACGCAGGUACAUCCUAUGACCAUCCAUCUGACCAUCCAUCAUCUGCUGCACAUGUGGGUCCAUCAUCUGCUGCACAUGCUGGUCCAUCAUCUUCUGAUCGAGAUCGUAGAGUAGCUGAGCUUGUACGUAGAGCCAUUAAUUUGGUAGAGCCAUUUAGUGAAAUUCAUGAGAUUUUAAGUGAGUUAAGUCUUUUGUACGAUGAUUAA